UCGAGUGCUUUCUUCUCCAAGAUUGGAGCCCUCAAAAUCCAGUUGCCAUGUCGAGGCGGAGGGUGCUUCUACUGUUGAAGCCUUUCGACGUUUACCCCCCAAGAAACAAACCCUCGUCCUCUCCCCUCUCUCGCCCUCUCAAUCCUCAGGUUUUACGGUAUUUGAAUGACAGAUGUAGGGUUCACAAGGACACCAUCGAUUUCUGUCAGGAUGUUCUGCAACGCAAACAUCUCGAUUGGGAGCCAAUCCUGCGCAACAACUUAUUCCAACCAAUUCGCCAUUUUGAUCUUGUCAUCACAGUCGGUGGAGAUGGAACUCUUUUGCGCGCUAGCCACUUCAUAGAUGACACUGUUCCGGUUUUAGGAGUUAAUUCUGACCCUACACAACCAGAAGAGGUUGAUCAGUUCAAUGACGACUUUGAUGCAACAAGAAGCACAGGUUAUCUCUGUGCUGCAACUGCUAGUAACUUUGAGCAGGUCUUGGAUGAAAUUCUUGAAGGUCACAGAAGCCCCUCUGACCUCUCAAGGAUAUCGAUAAAAUUAAAUGAUCAGCUAUUAUCAACAUAUGCUCUGAACGAUAUUCUCGUUGCUCAUCCCUGUCCAGCAACAGUAUCUCGGUUCUCAUUUCGAAUGAAUACCAAGAACCAGAAUCAUUCUUUAAUCAACUGUCGAUCAAGUGGCCUGAGAACCUGCACUCCAGCAGGAUCCACAGCUGCAAUGCUUUCGGCUGGUGGAUUCCCCGUGCCUAUUUCAAGUCGUGAGCUUCAAUACAUGGUAAGAGAGCCCAUUUCUCCAAAAGCGAUGGACAUCCCAUGGAUGCAUGGCUUAGUUAAACAUGACGAGAGCGUACACGUCGCAUGGUACAGUAAAGAAGGAGCCAUGUAUGUCGAUGGUUCGCACGUGUCAUAUUCGAUUCAGCACGGAGACGUUAUUGAAAUAUCAACAAAGGCUCCCAGCUUGAAAGUCUACUUGUCUCAAAGUUUGUUAAGAUAGCGUCGAAAAUGUUUCGAUGAAUCUCGCGGGGUAGAAGUAGAUGUAAAUCAUGCAUCAGUCAUCGAAGCAUAAUGUAAAUAUGCAUUGGACUUGUGAUAUGGCGUUGUUCGUUCGAGUUCGACGGUGGGCCCCAGUACUGGAGAAGGUUGUAGAUUGGCGGUGACAUAAUCUGCUUUGAUAUUGAUGUCAGGGAUGAUGUAUUGUUUAAAUGUUUUGUCUCUCAGAAUCUAAUGAAAAAGAUCCACGGAAGAGAUUUGUGGUUCAGAAUUCAGAAGCGUGGGUUCUUUGAAUGACGGUCUCGGUCGAGCAAUUCAAUCGUCACAGUAGAAAAGAUUUGCUGCCGACGACAGAAAAUGGCUUUUCAAUAAUAAAGUCCAUUGCCUCAUCAUGAGGGGACCGUGGCGGCCA